AGUAAUAGUUAUUACAUCAUCAAACUGCGCCGUUACUCUGGCAACGCUCGGCUGGGUUUCCUUUGGUGCUAGCUAACGUUAGCUGUUAGUUAGCUUAUCGAGCUAUCAAAGCUGAUGCCAAAAAUAAGCUCAGACACGAUAUGGGAGCAGGCUGCCGCGGAGGUCCACAGCCGGGAGGCUGAAGGCGGCGAGGAGGACGCAGGAGAGACGCUGGGCGAGAGGACCGUGUUCCUAAUGGGGAGCAAGUCCGGGGGUAAAACGUCCAUUCUCCUCAGGUGCCUCGACAGGGAUGAGCCAUCCAAGCCUACUCUGGCGCUGGAGUACACUUUUGGCAGACGGGCCCGAGGACACAACAUACCCAAAGACAUAGCCCACCUAUGGGAGCUGGGAGGAGGGACCUCUUUGUCCGACCUGGUCCAGAUCCCCAUCACGGCUGCCAGCAUCAGGUCUCUCUCUGUCAUCCUCAUUCUGGACCUCUCCAAACCCAACGCUCUGUGGGGAACCAUGGAAAAGCUGCUGCAGGCAGCACAAGACCAGUUGGAGAAGGUCUCUUCCCAGGCUCAACAAGCACAGAAAGCCAAACACCAGCCGGCUGUUCAUUUGGCAGCACGUCUGUUACCUAAAGACUAUCCUGACAGAGAGCUGAUCAGUCCCUUUCCUGUUCCAUUGCUGAUUAUUGGCAGCAAAUAUGACAUAUUUCAGGUAUUCGACUCGGACAAGAAGAAAGUGGUUUGUAAAACACUGCGUUUUGUGGCCCACUACUACGCGGCUUCACUUAUUUUCACAAGCAUCAAGUCGGAGAGCUUAAUAUCAAAAACCAAGAGCUUCUUCUCCCACCUGGCUUUUGGUCUGGACAGAGGGAAAACUGUGUCGUGUGACUCCAGUAAGCCUCUCGUCAUUCCCGCAGGCUCCGACUCCUUCAGCCAAAUCGGGUCGCCGCAUACUACUGAUGUGGACAUUACAUCUCUGCAUGCCAAGAACCCAAAGGACCUCUGGAAGAAGGUCUACGAACGCGUCUUUCCCCAAGAGAAUACCGGUGAGCAGAGAGAAUUAAAGGAUCCAGCCAGAGACCCACAAUACAGUGAGCCUCAGAUUGAUGCCAUGAGAGCCCAGAAAGACCAGGAGUUGGACCAGUACAAAAGGAAUGCAGCGAAGUCUUGGAAAGGACUGGAGCUGGAGACAUGAGACAACCAGCUUUAUGAUCACACACACACAUGAAUGUAAAUACAGUAUGCAAUUUGCUUUAUUUAUUUCAUUUUGUGUCAUUUGCUAUUUUAAACAAAACAAAACAACUUCUAUACUCAUGAACAACAUUUUUACCACAUUGCAAUAAGCAUUACUAUUACUUAUUGACACAUCACAAUAUUAAAAAAACGUAAUAUAUAAGUGACAUUUUUGUGCUUAAAAUGGGGUAAGAUGAUUCACAGAGGAAUCAAACUGGUGAUUUUGUUUUGAAGCUUUAGCUUAAAAGUACUUUGUAUCUAUUGUUCAAUAAAAAAUGAACACAUUCAACAUAAACAUAGUUUAAUCUGUGCUGCACCUCUCAGACGUUGUCUGAUUCGGUGAUAAAGCAGCAGGUUCGAUGGGGUCCGUCCCUGGACGCGUCCCACAGUAACCCGGUUGUACACUUUGCAUCCUGCACUGCCGUUGUUUGCUAGUAAAAGCUCUCUGUACUUUAAUCAUUGCUCCAACCUAAUAACACUUUUAUUCUAAUCAA